AUGACCGACCAUGCCCCCAACAUUUUGGUGCUUCAGGCAAGCGUUGAUCCAGAAGCCUUAAGUGAGUUCCGCAUCCUUGUCGACAACAAAUUCGUCAAAUAUAUUACCAUCGAUGCUGGUGUGUAUGACCGCGAUGAUAUGUGCUUCGGGCCUUCUCUGAUCUCCCUGCUGCCACAUCUUCCGCCUGGCGAUUGGAAAAAGGGCCAUAUCUCCCGAAAUCUCAAGACCGGAGACGCUCACUUUUCCGCUCUUCGCGAGGAAAAAAAACUACGCUCUAACGUCUAUGAGGUUACCUGUCCUGGCUUCAGUUCUACGAUUAUCGCGAAAUUUGCGCGGUUUGAGUGGGAGGUGACUCAGCUAGAAGCGGAGACGAUGGCGUAUGGAUGGAUAGAGGGCCAACAUGUCGGUCCUGGUUUCCUUGGCCACUUGACUGAGGAAGGGAGGGUUAUUGGGUUCCUCAUAGCCCGUAUCGCCGAUUGCCGUCACGCCACGCCUGAGGACUUCCCCCUGUGCCACUCGGUUUUGUCAAAACUGCACAAGUUAGGGAUCAAGCACGGGGAUAUCAACAAGCAUAACUUUCUUAUUCAUGACGGGAAGGCAACCCUUAUCGAUUUCGAUAAGGCCUUGCGGCCGGCUAGCAAUGAUGAGCUGGACGUCGAGCUUUAUGAACUGCAGGACCAGUUCCAGGAUACGUCUGGGAGAGGGGGACAAGUUGUUGAAAGCGAUCCAUGUUGA